AUGAACAACUUGAACAUUUGCCCGCAAUUGGAAGCCCACAGAGCUUGCACUGAUCCCCAGUGCACAAAAUAUCAUGAUGUUCACCUCUGCGAGCUCUGUGGUGUUUUCUGCGUGUCCACUCAGUGGUACGAUGCGCAUCUGGCCAGCGAAAACCAUCGUCGCCAAUUGGCUGGCCAUGAUGGACACAAGUACCAUUGCACCACUUGCGGCACUUACAUGUUCGGUCAAAAGAGUUGGGGUGACCAUGUCAAAGGAAAACGACAUUGCAAAAAUGCCAAGGACAAAGGUGUACCGGCCGAAGUAGCUCCCGUCAUUCCUUCGGCGCUCCCUUGCAAGUUAUUAUGCGGCGUCUGUGAUACACAGAUCCCACAGGCUUUGUGGGCUUCCCAUCUUCAAUCCCUCGAACAUCGCACAAAGCAGGGCUAUAAUGCGGUCAAAAGUGCCCUUGAAGAAGCUCUGAAGGACAAAAAUGGCGUCGUGAUUCCAGAAGGAGGAGAUUUCGGAAUCGUGGAAAGUGCCGACGCUGAGCGGGGAGUAUCGCGAACUUUGAAAAUACAGACCACAGUGCCUUCAUCGCGAGUGACCAUCAAGAGGUUUGCUAUUACAACCGCAGUAGAAGGGGCGGUAUUUACAUAUCGUCACCCUACUUCAAUUGGGGUACGGUUUUCAACACAUUACUCUGGGCACAUGGAGGAUCGCCUUGUAAUCGUCUUCGAAGACACAGCACUACAUGUAACGUUCGUCAUCGCUAGGACCCUGAAGGCCAUAGUGGGAAGCCAAGCCAACUAUGAGUUGUUGCGACCCAUCGCUCCCUUCCAACCUCGCCGAAGUCGUACGCAGCUUGAGACGAACGUAGUACCAGGCGUCCCCCCACCUUCCAGCAACACCAUACCGUACAUCAUUAAAUUGCCUGAAGCAGUGCCACCGAAGCCGCUGUCAGCUGCGUUAUCGGAAACGCCGUCUGGAAAGGUGCUGAAUCGCAUCAGAAGAGAUUUUCUCCCGAAUGUUUUUAAUUCGUCAACGUAUUCGCGCUACUUCAAGAUACUGCUUUGGGCGGAGGAGCACCGCAUGGAGCGUGAUUUGGAACGCUACGACAUGUCUGACGCUCAGCUAGAGCGUGGCGGACAGUAUUAUUUUUUGAACGUUCCUGGGUUGGCGGAAAAACGCCCAAGGGAUCGUUUUCUUGUCCAAAAACGUGGGGCUGCCGCAGGUCACUGGUUCGAAGGCCACGUCCACGUUGUUCGACAGGAGUCGGUUGGGCUGCAAUUCCACUGCUCAUUUCGUGACUGGUCUCAGCAACAGCGGUAUACCCUUCAAGCCGUGAAAUCUAUCCUUCUGCAGAAACCGGGUUCAGCGCCAUUUGUCGUUUUCGGUCCACCGGGCACUGGCAAGACUAUAACGAUAAUCAACUUUUUAGACUUUACUGCACCCUCAAGGCACUUCGAGCAGAUUCCAGAUGAGUUGCGGCGCUAUACGCACAGGAAGUUGGUGGGGGAGCGGUUCCCCGUCCUGUCGGACAUCGCGCGCUAUAGAGUGAUCGUGUCCACAUGCAUCUCCGCAUUUAUUCCGUAUGCCGGUCAGGCCACCGAACCGGAAGUUAUGACCGGCAUCAAAACGAUGGCUAACAAGGAGACCAAUAUCAUCUUGGCGGGAGACCCGAAGCAGUUGGGACCUGUCAUCCAAUCCAACAUUGCAAGGGAGUUUGGGUUGGAGCGAAGCUACCUCGAACGUCUGAUGGCGAUGGAGUUUCCCAACGAUCGAUUCUAUGCGAGUGAACUGGAGUCGUGUGGCAAUAAGAAAGUUAUACGCACUUUCGAGGGCUGGAGCAAGCUGCCUUCGAAGAGAUUCCCAAUUAUAUUUCACUCGAUCUCUGGAAAGGAUGACCGCGAGGCUUCGUCACCCUCGUUUUUCAACAUUGACGAGGUCACUCAAGUUUGCAAAUACGUCCAGCUUCUCCGAGACGAUCGAAAGAUCAAAGUUGCUCACAACGAGAUCGGUGUAAUCACUCCCUAUCACUCUCAGUGUGUCAGGAUUCGUAAGGUGCUCAAGGGCGCAGCGAACGAGGUCAAGGUCGGCAGUGUAGAGGAGUUCCAAGGCCAGGAGCGGCGAGUCAUCAUCAUUUCCACGGUCAGGAGUAGUCGAGAAUUCCUUGAGUUCGACCUCAAACGCACUCUUGGCUUCGUUGCAAAUCCGAGGCGCUUCAAUGUUGCUGUGACUCGAGCACAAGCUCUGCUCAUCGUGAUCGGAGACCCAAAUGUCUUGUCCCUAGAUCCCCUCUGGCGGUCGUUCCUGAAUUAUAUUCACUUGAACGGCGGGUGGGCCGGUCCUGAACCGACAUGGAACACGACAGAGACGGUAGAUGAGAGUGGCCAAUACGAUCAGCAUAUUCGAGAGGAUGCGCUGACCAAUAUGAAUGAUCUUGCUCGAAGGAUCGAGGAUGUCGUGCACUCGAACACAACAGGGAAUGUGUAG